AUGAACCCUUCAAACGAUCCGCGUCCUAGCGACGCCCCUUCCAUGUCUUCUGGCACAUUGGGUGACAGAACACGGGACAAAAACGACCUAUCUGAUGAGCCUGAGUACGAAGAGGAAAUUCAUGACUUGGCGCGCAGAUUCACCAGACAGUCUGCUGCAUCAGGUCAUGGGCCACUGUUCCCCUUGAGUGAUGGCGGUCCUCUUGAUCCACAAAGCCCCCAUUUCAACUCCAAGAAAUGGGCAAAGGCUUAUUUCAAGACCCGAACCGAAGCUGCUGAUGGUAUUAAUCCUCGCACCGCCGGUAUCGCGUUCAAAAACCUCAACGCGUACGGCUUUGGCCAGGCGACUGACUUCCAGAAUACUCUGACAAACAUCGUUCUAAAGGCUGCGAGUUUCGCAAGGAAGGUGUUUGGGGACAAGGGUCAGCGCAUUGAUAUCCUCCGCGAUGUCGAUGGGUACGUCGAGGCUGGAGAGAUGUUAUGUGUUCUCGGUCCUCCAGGCUCUGGCUGCUCGACCCUGCUUCGCAGUAUUGCAGGUGAAACUCAUGGCUUCCACUUUGGUAACGAUACAGUCUUGAACUACCAGGGUAUCCGCCCCGAGCAGAUGAAGAAGGCUUACCGAGGUGAAGCCAUUUACACGGCUGAGGUUGACCAUCAUUUCCCUCAUCUGACUGUCGGUGAUACGCUUUACUUUGCUGCUCGAUGCCGAUGUCCUCCCAAGGACAAGCUCCCCCACGGCGCCUCGGCUCGAGAGUAUGCUGAGCAUCUUCGCGAUGUUAUUAUGGCUAUGUUUGGCAUUUCACAUACCAAGAAUACACGAGUCGGAGACGACUACGUCCGUGGUAUCAGCGGGGGCGAACGGAAGAGAGUCACAAUCGCCGAGGCUGCCCUGGGAUACUCCCCUCUUCAGUGCUGGGACAACAGUACACGCGGUCUCGAUAGCGCCAACGCUGUUGAGUUCUGCCGCGUCUUACGCACUCAAGCUGAUACUCUUGGCAUCGCAUCUUGCGUCGCUAUCUACCAAGCGCCUCAGAGUGCCUAUGAUCUAUUUGACAAGGUCACCGUCCUUUAUGAGGGCCGUCAAAUCUUCUUUGGAAAGACAGGCGAGGCACAACCCUACUUCGAGAACCUCGGCUUCAUUUGCCCCGAACAACAGACGACAGCCGAUUUCCUGACGUCGAUGACCAACCCAGCCGAGAGAGUAAUCCGCCCGGGCGCCAAUCCACCUCGAACAUCGGACGAAUUCGCACGAUCCUGGCAGCAGAGCCAGCAACGAUCGAGGCUUAUCGACGAGAUCGACUACUACAUGGAACAACACCCAUUUGACGGGCCGGAUCUUCAGAAAUUCUCGGAAUCACGAAGGCUCGACCAGGCGGCUGCUCAACGAGAACGAUCUCCCUUCAACCUUUCCUAUUUGCAGCAGUAUACUAUCAACCUCUGGAGAGGCUUCACUAUGUUGAUCGGAGACCCUAGCAUCACUCUCACGAUGCUUAUCAGCAACCUGUUCGAGGGUCUGAUUAUCUCAAGCAUCUUCUAUAACCUCCCCUUCAACACCACGAGCUUCUUCCGUCGAACCAUUUUGCUAUUUUUCAUCGUCCUCAUCAACGCGUUCGCGAGCAUUCUCGAGAUCAUGACUCUUUAUGCAAAGCGUAAAGUCGUCGAAAAACAGUCUCGAUACGCUUUCUAUCACCCGAGUGCUGAAGCCCUUUCGGCAAUGGCAACCGAUCUUCCCUACAAAGUCGUCAACUCAAUCCUCCUCAAUUGCACGUUAUACUUCAUGUGUAACCUACGCCGCGAACCAGGCCCUUUCUUCUCUUUCCUUCUUCUAUCAUUCUCAAUAACCCUCUGUAUGUCAAUGAUGUUUCGGUUCAUUGGCUCUGCAACCAAGUCCAUCGCGCAGGCACUGGCGCCCGCGUGCAUCAUCCUGUUGGCAUUGGUCUUGUAUUCAGGUUUUGCGAUCCCGCCCGCUUACAUGCAAAACUGGCUCGGCUGGAUCCGAUGGGUGAAUCCUGUUUAUUACGGACUGGAGACUGUAUUUUUGAUCGAAUUUGUCGGCCAACAGUUUCCCUGCUCAGACUUUGUGCCCCAUGGUCCUGGUUAUGAGAACCUGGGAAGCGGCGAAUACGUGUGUAACGUGCCCGGAUCCAUACCUGGCCAAUCAUUUGUCAAGGGAGAGGAUUAUCUCAAGGCCUCAUUUGGCUUCGUCAACAGUCACCGAUGGAGAAAUUUUGGCAUUAUCAUCGCUUGGACGGUUUUCUUUAUGGCUCUUCACCUCUGGACUGCUGAGCAUGUCGCUUCGGAGCGCUCAAAGGGUGAAGUCCUGGUCUUUCUCCGGGAGGCUAUGCACAAGGUGUCUGGUAAGCGGGGCAGCGAUGAAGAGUCGGGUGUUCCCACGCCUUCAGGGAAGCAAGAGGCUUCUAGUUCGUCGAGCGAAAAGGUCGAGGUUGAGAAGCAAACGUCCGUCUUCCAUUGGAAGGAUGUCUGCUACGACGUCAAGAUCAAGAGCGAGACGCGCAGGAUUUUGGAUCAUGUCGAUGGUUGGGUCAAGCCCGGGACUUUAACGGCUCUCAUGGGUGUCUCAGGUGCUGGCAAAACCACCCUUCUAGAUGUCCUCGCCAGUCGAGUGACCAUGGGUGUUGUGUCCGGCGAUAUGCUUGUCAAUGGGCACUCUCGUGACUCUUCGUUCCAGCGAAAGACGGGCUAUGUAACUCAGCAGGACCUGCACCAAGCCAGCUCAACAGUACGAGAAGCGCUACGAUUUAGCGCCAUGCUUCGACAGCCAGCCAAGUACUCCAAGCAAGAACGACUGGACUAUGUUGAGACAGUUCUUUCGCUCCUCGGGAUGGACGCUUAUGCAGAUGCCAUCAUCGGUGUCCCAGGUGAAGGCCUCAAUGUUGAACAGCGCAAGAGACUUACGAUCGCGGUUGAGCUUGUCGCACGUCCGCAGCUUUUGCUCUUCCUCGAUGAGCCGACUUCUGGACUCGACAGUCAGACUUCAUGGUCUAUCUGUGACUUGAUGGAGCAAUUGACCAAGAGCGGCCAGGCGAUAUUGUGCACCAUUCAUCAGCCCUCUGCUAUGCUUUUCCAACGAUUCGAUCGACUCCUUCUGCUCGCGAAGGGAGGAAAGACUGUCUAUUUUGGUCAAAUCGGUCAGAAUUCGCAGAUCCUGAUGGACUACUUCACUCGCAACGGAGGCCCGCCUCUGCCACCCAAGGCCAACCCAGCGGAACAUAUGCUUGAGGUCAUUGGGGCGGCACCGGGUACUCAUACUGAUGUCGACUGGCCUGCUACAUGGAGGCAGUCUCCUGAGUACAGGGCAGUGCAGAAGGAGCUCCAGUCUCUCAAUGCGUCACACCCGUCGCCGACACCUACAUCAGGCGGCGCUGACCCCUCAGAGUAUAACGAGUUUGCUUCUCCUCUGUCCACGCAGCUAUGGGAAGUCACCAAACGUUUGUUUAUUCAGUACUGGAGAAGUCCAGGCUAUAUGUACUCCAAGGCCAUCCUCACAGUCGGCGCAUCUUUGUUCAUCGGACUUUCUGUCAUGGAUGGCGAAAACACAGUUCGCGGUCUACAGAAUCAGAUGUUUGGCGUUUUCAUCUUCUUGACCAUCUUUUCGCAGGUUGCUGAACAAAUGAUGCCAGCCUUUGUGGAGCAGAGGACUCUUUACGAGGCUCGCGAGCGUCCCGCGAAAACAUACUCUUGGCAGUCAUUUAUGUUUGCCAAUCUGACAGUUGAGAUAGUCUGGAACUCGUUCAUCGGUAUCUUUGCCUUCAUCUGCUGGUACUACCCCAUCGGCCUCUACCGCAACGCUGAGUACACAAACGAGGUCCAUUCUCGUGGCAUCACCAUCUUCCUUCACGUUUGGAUGUUCUUCCUACUCGCUUCUUCCUUCGCCCACAUGAUCAUCGCCGGACUUCCCAACGCCGAUACUGCAGGUGGCGUCAUGAACCUUCUCUUUAUCAUGAUGUUCGCAUUUUGCGGUGUCCUCGCUGGCCCUGACUCCCUUCCCGGUUUCUGGAUCUUCAUGUACCGCGUCAAUCCCUUCACAUACGUGGUAGAGGGUUUCCUCGGCACUACUCUUGCCAACGCACCUGUUGCUUGUGCCGGCAACGAGAUCUUGGAGUUCAAGCCUGUGAAUGGUACAUGUGCGGAGUUUCUGUCGGAUUACAUGUCCAAUAUGGGUGGGUACCUUGUGGGUGAGAGUGCAGGCAGCACAACUCAGUGUCAAUACUGUCCUAUGGCAGAUACCAAUACUUUCUUGAAGGGGAUUAACGUUAGCUUCGACAAUCGCUGGAGAGACUUUGGAUUACUUUGGGUUUAUGUUGUCUUCAACUGUGCAGCUGCAGUUGCUAUCUACUGGUUGGCUCGUGUCCCUAGGAAGAGAAAGGACAAAAACGAAUAG